AUGCCCCGAUCGAUUCCGUCCUAUUUCACUUCCGCUCCACCGGCGGAAGAGCACCACGACCCGGAGAAUGUCAGCCCAGGCCCAAGACUUAACCCACGAACCGCUCCGCCGUCCCCGUCCGUCAUGCGGAGAACCUACAGCCAUCUAUCAGAAUCACAUACUGCCUACCAGUCUUUGGAGCCGCCCUUAGAGGCUGGUGAGACCACCAGCCUCUUGGGCAAGGCGAAGGAAGGGGGCUCUGGCCGGAUGGAGCCGCAACGGUCCUAUACUACUUUUUCUGCAUCCUCUGGGCCUGAAUCGGGAUUCAGGUAUACGCUCCUGGGGAGUAGUCUGCGCCGGUCGCGUCACCAUAGCCGGGCGAACUCGGUACAUCAGCGGUUCAGUCGGCGGGCCAGCAUGGAUGAGGUUCCGGUUGAGAGCACGGCUGCUUCGAUUAAAGAUGCUAUGACCUCGUCGUUCAUGGACGACCGGUUGUGGUAUGACCAGUUCACCUCGACGGACUGGGUGCAUGAUAGUGUGGCUGACGGGGUGCGGCUACGGGAGCUGCGACGGAGGAAGGAUAUACGCGGUCGACUUUUGGCCUUGUUUGAUGGCGCGCAGGGCUGGAUUCUGGUUGCGUUGAUUGGAUGCAUCGUUGCGGCGAUUGCAUACUUUGUCGAUAUCACAGAGGAGUACGUUUUUGGGUUGAAGAAUGGGAUUUGCACGACUGGUUGGUUGCGAAGUCGGGAGACUUGCUGCGCGGAUGAGGAAGAGUGUCCUGCUUGGCGGUCGUGGUCGGAGAUGAUGAACCACCAUGGUGGAGGGAGUGUUUCGGUUGAUUUCGGGAUCUACGUCUUGUGGUCGGUGAUUCUUGCCGCUAUCUCUUGUCUUUUGACGUUACUCACCAAGACGGUCGUCCCGUCAUCGGUAUCGCUGACUACGUUGGACGAGAACCUGGGUGCCAACGGCUCCAGACAAGCCACCGAAGCUGAUGGCUCGCCCGCGUCGGUGUCCGGCUCGUCUCCAUAUCCGCCGCUGCCGCUGCGUCCUGACAUGGUCUACUAUUCGGCUGCUGGUAGCGGUGUCGCCGAGGUAAAGGUUAUCAAUAGCGGCUUUGUCCUGCACGGUUACCUUGGCUUUAAGACGCUAGUUAUCAAGACAUUGGCUCUAAUCUUCAGUGUGGCCUCCGGUCUCAGUCUCGGAAAGGAGGGCCCGUACGUCCAUAUCGCGACUUGCGUUGGAAACAUAGCCUGCCGGCUGUUUAGUAAGUACAAUCUCAACGAUGGCAAACGACGUGAGGUCCUCAGUGCCAGUGCUGCCAGUGGUGUGGCCGUAGCAUUUGGAGCACCGAUCGGCGGUGUUCUAUUUAGCCUCGAGGAAGUCAGCUACUACUUUCCGCCAAAGACCCUCUUCCGGACAUUCUUCUGCUGUAUUGCCGCUGCUCUAUCGCUCAAGUUCUUCAACCCGUACGGCACUGGCAAAAUAGUUUUGUUCGAAGUCCGGUAUCUUGGCGAUUGGGAGAUCUUUGAGCUGGCCAUUUUCAUGUUUUUGGGUGUUCUUGGGGGCGCAGCAGGUGCUCUCUUCAUCAAGGCUUCAAGCAUAUGGGCUAAGUCGUUCCGUCGCAUCCCCGUCAUCAAGCGCUGGCCACUCUUUGAGGUUGGCCUCGUAGCAUUGGUGACUGGACUGAUCAGCUUCUGGAACCCUUACACGAAACUGCCGGUAACAGAGCUGCUGUUCCAAUUAGCCAGUCCGUGCGAGCACUCAACUUCAGACGGACUGUGCCCCCAUCCGGAAGGUAUUGGCGAGGUUAUCCGCGCACUUACCAUAGCAUUCGUGAUCAAAAGCUUUUUGACAAUCGUCACAUUCGGCAUUAAGGUCCCUGCCGGUAUUUAUGUCCCCUCAAUGGUAGUCGGUGGUCUUAUGGGCCGCAUUGUUGGCCAUGUGACCCAGUAUCUGGCGCUGCAGUACCCCAACUUCUUCCUCUUCGGAUCCUCGUGCGCCGCUGGUACAGGCAUGGAAUCUUGUGUAACACCUGGAGUUUACGCCAUGGUUGCUGCAGGUGCGACCAUGUGUGGAGUCACGCGCUUAUCCGUCACCCUUGCUGUUAUCUUGUUCGAGUUAACCGGCAGCCUGGACCACGUCUUGCCAUUUUCGUUGGCUGUUCUUUGCGCAAAGUGGACUGCCGACGCCAUUGAGCCGCAUAGUAUCUAUGACUUCCUAACUGAAAUGAAUUCCUACCCCUUCCUCGACAACAAACUCCAGACUGUCUCCGACGCCGUGCUCGGCGACAUAGUGCGCCCAAUCCGCCGCAGCCGACUCAUUGAUAUUACUGAGACACCGCUCGUCCCGGCACGCGAGCUCCGCUCCAAGCUCCAGCAUCUCCUUAUGGCAGGCGAGCUAGAUAGUGGUCUUCCGAUCCUCCGCGACGGUGUCUUAAUAGGGCUUAUCCCGGCGCCGGACCUGGAGUAUGCCCUCGAUAACCUUGAAGAUGAGGAUCGAACAUCUUGUCUCAUGGCUACUGAUACCUCGUCUGUUGUAUCCGACACGGACGAUGAGGAUACGCUGCAAGUGGAUUUCACGAAGUAUAUAGAUCCGGCGCCCCUUGCCCUGGACAUCCACUCCCCCAUAGAUCUUGUUUACCAAUGCUUCGUCAAACUUGGCUUGCGCUAUCUCUGCGUUUUGCAUGAUGGGCAGUAUGCGGGACUUGUACACAAAAAGGCUUUUGUGAAGUUUAUGAAAGAGCAGCACUAG